AUGGAAACAAGAGGGUGACACAGAGGGUCCAGAAACGAAGUUUUGCAGGACCACAAUUGUCUGAAUCUUCCCCACAACGCGGGAGGAAAUGAGCAUUAAUUGCAAUGAUGUCACGCCAGGAGGCACCAGUGACCGACUUGGACGUAUUUGGAGUGGGGGCAGCAGCAGGCUAUUCGCGUCUCUCAUCGAACCGCCACCAUGCGUCUUUCUUUGCUUUCUCUCGUUGCAAGCUCCCUUGCGCUCCUGGGCGCCGCCUCAUCCGUUGACUCUGAGCAAGUCCGGAUCCAGGAUGGCGACGUACGCACCAUGGAGAGCUGGGCUUACAUUGAUUGCGGCGUGCCCACCGACGCCAUCCAGCUCAAGUCCAUCGAAGUCUCGCCGGACCCCCCGAAGCCUGGCGAGCAGCUCACGGUCACUGUGAAUGCGGAGGUGCAGGAGCAGAUUGAGGAGGGCGCGUACGCCGACGUUGUAGUCAAGCUCGGUCGCAUCAUUCUCCUCAAGAAGACGUUCGACAUCUGCGAGGAGGCUCGCAAAGCAGAGGCUGAUGUACAGUGCCCGGUGGAGAAAGGCCCCUACACUGUCGUGCAGACGGUCGACUUGCCAAAGGAGAUACCCAAAGCCAAGUUCACGGUCAGUGUGCGCGGUUACACGCACGAGGACGACGAUAUGGCGUGCGUCGACCUGCAGGUCGACUUCACCAGCAAGCCGUUCUUCGGCUUCGGCUGGUGACCUGCCAACUUGGUCCUUUUCAUCCCUGCAACCGGGACCUUCACGAGCUGUUACGACUCUUGACUUGUAUAUCUAGUGGACGCAAUAUCAUCUGUUAUCUAGCUGAGAAGCGAGUGGAAAGCUUCAUACAU